UACUGGGCAAGGGUAAGGUGUCAGAAAAAUGCAGGAGCCGAGUCAUAAAUACACGUUAAUCAAUCAAGAGUUUUCUCUAAUUUUCUGAUGAAGUUUGAGGUAAAAUAAUGGGGAGACGACCUUCAAGCAGUGUCCACUUCCAAAGGACAUAAACAGAGCCCCAGCUGGGCAGCGGAGGAGCCCUGAGCCGUGGUGAGGACACACAGCAGCUCCAGAGCCACAGGUGCCUUCCUGUGAUGUUCAUUAACAAGAAGCUCUUCACCACUGCCCUCCUCGGGCUGCUGGUCACACUGUCCAUCAUCGCCCUCGUCCUCAGCCUGGUGAGGGUUGAAGAUGUCACUCUGCCACCCACAGUCCAGUACGGGAUGGUGUUUGAUGCAGGCUCAUCCCACACCUCUCUGUUUGUCUACGAGUGGGACUCGGACAAGCAGAACAACACCGGUGUGGUCAGCCAGACCUUUUCCUGUGACAUCCAGGGGCCAGGCAUAACAAGCUAUGCCAAUGAUCCCCCGAAAGCUGGUGAUUCCUUAAGAGAGUGCCUGGAAGAAGCCCUGAAAGUUGUUCCUGCUGCAAAGCAGAGGGAUGUCUCAGUUUACUUUGGAGCAACAGCAGGCAUGAGACUACUGAGGGAACAGAACAGCUCAGCUGCAGACCAAGUCCUGGCCGAAGUUGCUAAAACCAUACAAGAGUAUCCUGUGGCUUUCUGUGGGGCUCAGAUCAUUACAGGAGAAGAGGAGGGAGCUUACGGUUGGAUCACCAUCAACUACCUGCUGGAGUCCUUCACCAAGUACUCCCCAAAAGCACACAUGUGGGUCCAUCCAGAGGCAGACGACAGUUUUGGGGCACUGGAUCUUGGAGGAGCAUCAACUCAGAUCAGCUUUGUCCCCAAAGGUUCAUUUAUAAACUGGAACGAAACCUCCAGGUUCACGCUGUAUGGUUACAACUACAACAUCUACACUCACAGCUACACCUGCUAUGGGCAGAACGAGAUGUGGAAGCGCCUGGCAAAAGAGUUAAUUGUGGAGUCGCCCUCCAGCACGCUAGUUGAACACCCUUGCUACCCCAAAGACUACAAGGAAACCAUCUCGCUGUCUUCCUUCCGCACCAGCCCCUGCACCAACCAGAGUGACCCACACCUGCCUCUUGAUGACAGAAACGUGACCCUGGAAGGCAGGAGCAAUGCCAGCGGGUGUUUGGCUGCUGUCAAGAAGCUCUUCAACUUCUCGGCAUGUGGGCAGAGCCAGGACUGCUCUUUCAAUGGCAUCUACCAGCCCCCUGUCAGCGGGCAGUUCAUUGCCUUUUCUGCUUUUUACUACAACUUCAAGUUUCUCAACCUGACUGAGGGACAGUCACUGGCCACCGUCAGGGAGACCAUUGAGCAUUUCUGUGCAAGAACCUGGGAGGACCUGUCUUCUAAUUACCCUGAAGAGAAUCCUGAGCGACUACCUAAAUACUGCGCCAACGCCAAUUACAUCCUCACACUCCUCCUUGAUGCCUACAAGUUCGACGAGGUCAGCUGGAACAACAUCUUCUUCCAGAUAAAGGUGGGAAGCACCAGCGUGGGCUGGACACUGGGCUACAUGCUGAACCUCACCAACAUGAUCCCUGCAGAGGCUCCAGUGUGGGUGAAGGGGCACACACCCUCCUUGUGGGCUGCAGCUGUCGCCUUCAUCACCCUCGCCUUGGCCUUGGGGCUCGUUGCGCUGCUUGUGCUUUUGUGGACGUAGGAAUGGAUAGAGGGAUCAUUAUUCCGCAGUGCCUUCCUGGACACCAGACUGUGGAUGCCAGGCUGCAAAUGCAGAUCUUGCCCUGACCCGUGCAUAGUGCUGAGCUGGAUCUUCCCUAUGGCUGUGCCCUUACCUUUGCCUUUGGUUCUGCUCACUCCUUAUUUGCCCCACGCAUGAUUCACUUUGUUAUUUGCUGGGAGCAAGUCUGCCUCCCAGCAGCACAGAACUGACCUUUGCAGUUGUUGCAGAAAGGCAGGCACCCAGCCACUCUUGUUA